CAGAAGAGGUGGAUAAAUAUAAAUAGACUAAGCUGUGUGUUGCACAUAAUUAUUGCUCAAUGGGGCAGUUUUAACUGUUCAUGAGAUGGAUAGCCUGAGGGAAAAAAAAUUCCUGAAGGCAACAGUUCAAAACGGUAGUAGGCUGGGUGCGUGAGGUCCAGAGUGAUUUUUCCAGCCUUUUUCCUCACUCUGGAAGUAUACAGUUCUUGAAGGGAGGGCAAGGGGGCAACCAAUAAUCCUCUCAAAAGUCAGAACUUUCCUUUAUAGUCUUCUACGUCUGAUUUUAUAGCUGAACCAAACAAGACAGUUACUGAAGUGCAGAGGACAGACUCAAUGACUGCUGAGUGUAACUGUUUCAGCAGCACCUGUGGCAGGUUGAACUUCCUCAGCUGGUGAAGGAAGUACAACUUCUGCUGGGCCUUUUUCACAAUGGAGUCAAUGUGGGUGUCCCACUUCAGAUCCUGUGAGAUGGUAGUGCCCAGGAACCUGAAUGACUCCACUGCUGCCACAGUGCUGUUUAGAAAGGCGAGGGGGUCAAUGUUGGGGUGUUCCUCCUAAAGUUCACUAUCAUCUCCACCGUUUUGAGCAUUUUCAGCUCCCAAGUUGUUUUCGUAUCCGUCCAACCUCCCUUCUAUUACUGUAUUCUUGGACAUGAUUUGUAUUGAAUAUUCAGAUGUUUCAAUAAAAAUUGCAUCUAUUGGUGGUUUAAAAUUAACAUGAACAGAUAUAACAUAUUCACAUUCUCAUAUGCACUAGCAUCCAGAGGCAGCUAUCAAACUGUCCAUAACAACGGCUUGAGUCUGACAGGCAGUCUUUUCAUCCAAUCACAUUCUUGCGCAAGCCACUAGCAACCCCCCACGAGGCGGGGCAGCAUGCAUAGUGCAAGGAACAGAGCCCACACAAACGGAACAUUUCCACAUACACGAACGUGUUUACGUUUAAAUAUAUCUUCAAAGAGUGCGUCGAGCAGAGAUAUACUGGUUGGUUUCGGUGAGAAACGCAUUCUGAACACCGGAAAGCUUCCGCAGGGCAGAUAAGCGCGGCACGAGGGAUUACCCAACUGCAGCGCGCGCGAGGCAAGUAAAGCGGUUGAGGAAAGAAGGCCUCGCUCAGCGUUCUUAGACCUGCGGGGAAAAGUGAAGAGCGCCGCCUGACGACCGCCGUACAGCGGGGUUGUACAGUCAGGAGACAGCGGUGCGCUCCACAAGCUCUGACCAAAUCUGAAGAGCGCCACCAACUGCUCGCCACAAGGUCAUUGUGUGGCUAAGAACUCCUAUCUGGAAUGGGAAUGCAUACUUAACCUGCCAGGUGAUAGUGACUCAUAACCUCUGUUCUGUGGUCACACAGAACUGCGUCUCCUCUUCUGCACAACAAAUCAUCUUUGGUUUAGAACUGUAACUACCUGCAGCUACCAUGAGUGACCAGGAGUAUGUGGAGCAUCAGUAUAUGUGCAGUGAGUGCCAGCAGCUCUUUAAUACCCUGGAGGAGGUGCUGGUGCACCAACAGAUCCACACUGGAGGAGAGGGGGACGAGGCAGAAUUUGUACACAGCCAUGAUGAUUAUGACACUGGGGAGAGCCAGUAUCAGUGCCUGGAAUGUGGAGCCAUCCUCAAGAAUCCAGACGAACUGCUGCUUCAUCAGGAGUUGCACAUGAGGGAGGCAGGGCAGGAGGUUUGUGAGGUCACAGAGGUGGGUGCUGUUGGUGCAGAGGUGCCAAUCCAGUACCAGUGUCUGGAAUGCCUGGCCUUCUUUGACACACCUGAACAGUGGUUGGCACACAGGCAGACACACAGUAGAAGCAGUACACAUAGCAACCUGACCACUGAAACAUUUCAGGAAUUUGUUGUUCAGGCAGAUGGUUCAGUCACUCCGGUUCAGUCGCUCAAUGUGCAAAAUCUAGUUCUGGAUGAACAGAGUGCCGGCCAGAUCCUGACUUUAGCCCAGGCUCUUCGAGAGCAUGAAGCCCCAUCUAAGCCUACAGCCACUCCUAGAACUAUGCUGGUCCCAGCAAAUCCAUCUCUGCCUGGCUCCGCCUCUGCUAUGCUCCGCCUUCAGUUCUGCUCCGCCCAAGCUAUUGCUGAUGGAUCUGCCUCAGUUCCUCUCCGCAGAGCUAAACUCCUUGCCCCUCUCUUACCUGCUGAUCCUAUUAGGCUAGACAAUGUGUCCACUUUAAAACUUGUUCCUUCCACUGGUCAGUUGAACACAGUAAAGAAUGAAGAGGAGGAAAUUGUAAUUAUCCAUCCAUAUGAGUGUUCUGAGUGUAAUCUGCUAUUUAGCACACCAGAGGAUUUCCUUCAACACCAGGGGGAGCACUUCUUAGGCCAGGACAAGGAGAGUGGUAGCACUGGGGUGAUGGUGGGGUAUGAAGACAGUUCUGUGGCUCGGGAGGAUGAAGGAAGGAGUGACGGAUCAGAGGAGGGCAGUAAAGUUGUCAAAGCUAGUGGUGGAAAGCGUACAUGGGUUGCCCGCUCAGCUGGUUUAAUGUCUCCUGUCUCACCCAGCAGUCUUCAAUGUGAGGAGUGCAAAAGAACGUUCACCACAGCCAAACGGCUUGCGGCACACCUUCGAGUGCAUGAACAAGGAACGCACGAGUGCCCAGAGUGUGAUAAAGUAUUUAAGAAGUUGGUGUCACUUCAGACACACAUGCGCACACACUCUGGUGAAGCACGUUUUUUGUGUGUGGACUGUGGACAUGGCUUCACCACAGAAAUGACACUCAUGAUGCACAGGAAAUCCCAUACUUCUGAGCCACUACACAGGUGCCCAUUUUGUGCCAAAACAUUCACCAACAUGACAAAGUUCCUGUACCAUCGCCGAACUCACAGAACCGGUGAGCCAGCUGCACCAGCCUCUCAGCUUGUACUGGCCCAGCGAUCUCCUCUCUCCAUCAUUCAAAGAGCAAAACGAGAGACUGCUUGGAGGAGAGAAAGACAGGCACUGCCUAUGACCGAUGAAAGAAGAGAGCUUAGUGAAACAGGCACUGAUCUUACUGGAGGUAUGGCUGUGGUCUCCCAGUCUGCAGAGCCUGCAGAGAAUGGGCUUUAUGGUGAACUCUCAAACUCAGAACAAGCCCAAAAUAGAGGCAAGAUGCCACCAGAUGACCCAAACCAUUCAACUACUGCCAGUGGGGAAGGAGGUGGAGAGGAAGAAGGUAAACACAACACUCCUGCUACUGAAGAAAGGCCACAAUUCCCUUGCUCUAUUUGUACAAAAAGAUUCUCCUCGCAGAUUCGUCUGUUGCGUCACCGGCGAACCACUCACACCACUGAAAGACGCUUUAAAUGCAACAUCUGCGGGAAACCAUUCAAGAAGCAGAUCCAUCUACGGAACCACCUGCGCACACACACCGGCGAGCGUCCGUUCCAAUGCAGUGUGUGUGGAAAGACCUUCUCGUCUCUUGCCAAUCUUUCCCGCCAUGGACUCACACAUACUGGAGUCCGUCCGUACAGGUGUGACAUUUGCCACAAAGCCUUCAGCCAAUCUUCUAAUCUCCGUCAACACCGUCAGCAUCUUCACAGCAAUGCCACGCCAUCACCCUGUCCAGACUGCUCAGCUACGUUUAUCCGUCCUGCUAAACUCGUAGCUCACUGUUUUCUUCACCACCCAGGGUCCCCAGCACCUUACCCUUGCCCACACUGUUCUGAGGGGUUCUUGCGCAAGCGCCAACGAGACUUGCAUUGCCUAGAGGAGCAUUCCAGCCUAACACAGCUAAACAACAUCUCCCAGAUUGGAGGUCAGCAGGCAUCAGGUUUGACGGAUGGUAGUGAGCAGCAGUGGGCUCAUCUAAUGGCAAAACCUAAUCUGGAUUGCACUAUCUGUGGUAAGCGCUUAAACUCUCCUGCGAAUCUUCGCCUGCACCAGUUAAGUCACGGACUUGGGCCUGGCAGGCCACGAGGAUCCAGCUUGUCUACUGGGAAGUCCCACCCCUGUCCAGUGUGUGGAAAGCUGUUUGUUUCUGCCUCAAGUGUCACACUACAUCAGAGAGUACACACUGGUGAGCGUCCAUAUCCUUGUGCGAUCUGUGGCAAGCGGUUUCGGCAGAACACACACCUGCGUGAGCACCUUCGCACGCAUUCAGGCGAGCGUCCGUUUCGAUGUGAGUUCUGCGACAAAGGCUUUGUGCAGAGCAUGCAUCUGGCAGAACACCGGCGCACACACACAGGUGAGAGGCCACAUUCUUGCAGUGAAUGUGGAAAGACCUUCAAGACUGUCUCUAACCUUAGGAACCAUCGUAAGACCCAUACUCGCACCCAAAAACAACAAGAGGUAGUGCAGAGUGGUGAAACUACAGCACAAACCAAUACAGCAACUGUUGCUGUUGUGGAUGCCUCUGAGAUGGACCUUGCAACAGCAAUACCAGCUUUUUGCCAGCAGGAAGUGCAGCUUGAACAGCCCCAAGUCAUUCAGAUACAGACAUCUAACCUCGCACAGACUCAGGGCACUCCAACUAUUUUGUGUAAUGAGUUUGGAGAGACUAUUGCCAUCAUAGAGACAAGUGGAGACCUGGCAGAGGCCAUUGAGCUGUACCACACUGCACUGGAGGGCGGAAUCAACAUGGAGGCCAUUACAGUGGACAACUUUCAGUUGAUGUGAGAGAAGUGAGGAACAGUGCAGCACUCCAGGGUCCAUUAAGGAUCAUUGAUUUUCUUUAGAUUUUGAAGAUUGUGAUUAUAAUAUGCCUUUAGAGAGGGCAGAUUUUAAAGGAUGCAACCGAAGAGACCCCAAGUCUGUGAUAAGUUUGAUGGCUCCUGUGUUCGGAAUGGGAAUGGACAGUCUGACUUACUGCACAUGACACUCUUUGUUCUGACAUGGAUACAUCCAUAUAAAUCACAUGAAGGCAUAGAUUUCAAAAGUGAACAAUUACACCUUUGACAGUGGUGCAAGUUGACAACACAUUAUCAAAGAUUUAAUAAUAACAGUACAUGCUCACUGACUCCCCAACAUCAUUCUGACCUGCAGAUUUUGUGAGGAGGUACCAAUGAUAAGAACAAAUCAAAUGACAGAGAAAAGUGAGAUCAAAACAGCUGUUACUGCUUGGACAGAUAUUGGAAAGCUAAUCUGCAUUAUGCGUUAGGUCAUUACUGCAAUGAUUAAAGGACUCAUGUGGUACAAUAUAACUUCUCUCUGUCUGUAUGUACACUGAAUGUUAUUUGUAGAAUUUUUUUAUUGUUAUAAUGCCGACUUGGAUAGGUGUUUCAAAUAAACUUAAACAGUUUG